UACAAAUAAACGAUUUGAUAUAAAUGGAUUAAAAAGUAAAAAUGUUUAAAGUGAUUUUAUUGCUAUUAUUUUGUGCCUUUACCCACUCCACAAGGGAUGUAGUAGAGCUAGUAAAUAAAGAUAUUUUGGAUAGUUUUUAUGAAUAUGUUUUUCAAAAUUCUACCUAUUUUAUUUAUCACAAUACUAGCGCUCUAAUGCCAGUAACUAAUCCCUUGGUGUUAAUGGAAUUAUUUGUUACACCUUUACUACCAGCAAUUCCCUACAAACUUGCCACUUUUGUUGUGCGUUUAGUGCGUUUAUUUUUGCCACACAUACCACCACGUCCCUUUGUCAGCAUUGUACAAGUGUUGGUGGAAAAUAUUUGUUGCCUUAAACCGUUUGCAAAUUUAACUUUUACACUUGGUUUUACCACAAACUUUCAAACAUCUGGCCAAUUCGGUUGGAUGGGUUAGACAAAGUAAUUAUGAAAAAUUAAAAUUAAAAAAAAUGCAAAUGUUGUAAUAAAUUUCUUAUGUAAAAUAAUACUUAAGUUAAGAGUCUAAAUAAAAUAAACCUAACGGUUAUUGAACCUAUAUGGGUUUGAAAAACAAAUUAUUAAAAAAAAAGUUAACUAAAGUUUGAAGAAGUAGGAAAAAUCUUAAAUAAAGCAACCACACAUCACACAUUUUGGUUACU